AUGGCGGACGCCGCCAGUGCCGGGGAUGCGGACACUCCCGAAGGGAGUAAUCGUGUCCGGCGUGACCUCAAGUUUGAGCCUCUCGCGCAAGACCCUUUUGUUAUCUCGCGUGACAAGAUGAAGUCAGGACAGACUGCGCCAGAAGAGGUUCGGUUCGCUGCUCGUGCGUGGUUGAAGCAGCGCAAGCUGCUGGGUGGGUACUUCUCACAGCCACGGUUCACUGCAGACGAGCGCUGGGUAUGCACAUGCAGAUGCACAGAGCACGACGCUUGUUUCAAAGGGGAAGGAGCCUGGUAUCAGUUCAGUGGCUCUUGGCAUUCUUCCCGCGAGUUCGACAGCCUGCGAGUGUCGCAAGCCGGAAACUGCUCUGGCGCAGGGCGACGUAAAGCUGCCAAGCAGAAGCCGCUCGAGCAGCAGCCAACUGUGGCCGAACUCCAAGCUGUCCAUAGGGCUAUAGAUGCUCUUUUGGAACGGGGUCUUCGACCGACAGCAAGCAACGUCGCCAUCCGGAUGGGCACAGACAGAGUGGCAACAGACAUCGUACGGUCCGUGCUGCAGCAACGCAAGAAGAAUUCCCAGCUUGACACAACUGCAGUUUUUCACGACUCCUGGCCUGCCUUUCAGGAACACAUUCGUCAGUACGAAGAUCCGGACUGCAAGCCACUGUAUUUUGCGGAGGUUACUUUGCGAGCUUUCAGCUAUGUGGCUCUGCUGCCGCAUUUCCUGGAGGCGCUGGGUCGGCUGUUGGCCGAUGAGCAGACUUGCAACAACGGGUGGUGCAUGUGCGCGGACUUUGCACACACUUUGUGUGUCAUGAACUUCAAGUAUGCCGUUGUGUGUGCUGUCGUUUUCAGAAUGCUGAAUGGCGUGUGGAGGAGAACGCCGUGGCCUUUGCUGAUAGCAAGUGCACCCAUAGAGACCGGCGUGGGCUACAAGAGAAUCUUCACCCUACUCAAGCAAGAACUGCUUCGCAGGGGCAUUCGAGAACCGCAAGCUCAACACGUCCAAGUCACCUUGGCUGGCGACUCCAAGAUGGAGAUGAGGCAGAACGUGAAGGGCACCUUGUUGAGCUCCGAUGAAUUGACCCAAGUGAUUGUGCCGCUGGGCAAGGUGAUCACUAGUCUUGGGUAUCAGCUCCGGUGGGAUGCCGACCGGUGUCAACUUGUGAGCCAAGAGGGUGAGAUCAUUCCACCUCAAGUCGUUCGGGGUUGUCCGGAGGUGGAUGAGGCCACGGCUCAGGGACUGAUCGACAAGUUGGAGAACAAGUAUCUGCCGGAGCUCCAUGAAACCACCUUGAACUCCUUGAGGGUCCUUCAGCGAGCAGAAAGGAGCUGGUGGACCUGCCUUCUCGACUAUGUGAGUUCUGGGAAUGUGGCAUCGGGAAGGGAGGCCAUUUUGAACUCAUGGAUGUGGAACGACAAGGUGGAGGACCAGGAAGCGCUUGUUGAGGGCGGCGACUUGGUGGUGAGGUGGGAUCCUGCAGCAUACGAGAGGCGCAGUGACACCCUGGUUAAGAUUGGGCGAAUGUCGGAUGUCGUCUAUGUGAAUGCUGGGUCACUGCUUGUUCAGGGCGAGUUUGAGGACUUUUGGAAGAUUAUGUUAUGGGCUGCUGGGCAAGGGAAGAUCGGGGCGGUGAUCUCCAAGGAUGUGGCCACAAAUCUGGAGGACUUUGAAAAGGAAGGACGCCACCGAGAUCGCGUCCAUCUUCUACAUGCCCUGGCUUCGGCAGGGCAGCAGCUUCGGGGUGGAGUUUGCCCUAAGUUCUUGGUUGAGAGGAGAAGGUUUUCUACGGCACGAGUGCCUGGGAUCCAUUGGACGAGCGAUGGUAGGGCCCAGAGGUACUUGGAAGAAGCCGGUAUCCUGGAUCCUAUGGUGGAGGAAAAUGAAACCGUGGAGAUCGUCGCCGGGUUGGUCGGUGUGAUCCGAACCGAUGGAAGUGGCCGACUGCGAAUAGCCAAGUUAUCCAGUGACGCUGCAUGGAGAUUGCAUGUCAUGAGGAACCACCUCCCUUUCAGGAGGGAUUGUGCUGUGUGUGUGAGGAACGCAGCAAGUGGCAAGCAGCAUCGGGCCACCCUUCAUCCCAUGGCCUACACCCUUAGCGUGGAUGUCGCAGGACCACUACGAGGGUGGGGGAAAUCUCCAGACAACAAGUUCUUCAAGUACUUUGUGGUUGGGGCGUUCCGCAUCCCAAAGAUGGACCAUCAUGUUCACCACGAUGAUGUUCGCGGGCAUCCAACACCGCCUCUUGGAGAGGAGGAAGAUAUAGUCGCAAAGGAAAAGGAGGAAUGGAAGAAGUUGAUGGAGAAGUUUAAGGAGCCCAUCGAGACCGAGACGAUCUACUUCGCGGCGCCCACCACCAGCAAGAAAGCAUCGUGUAUCCUCCCGGCGAUUCAGCAGAUGGUGGUAGAAGGCAUCACGAAAGACGCCCGGCGUAGCCCUUCGAAUGCUUCAUGUACUACAACUCGUACGGAUGAGGACGACGAGGAGGCCACGAUGAAGAAGGUUUCUGGGCCUGACUUUGAGGAGGUGGAAAAGAUGGCAAGGGAGUCGGUUGAGAGUGGGGAGAUCAAUGCAAAGAGAUGUGAAGAACUUCUAGAAAAACUGGAAGCAUUCCGUGGGAAUUUGAGAUGCCCUCGCACGGUUUCGGGAACUGCGAUGAUUCUUGGUGCCUAUGCCCAAGGAGGAAGUCAUGGUCUAACAGUUCUUACACGACGGCUACCGUGGCUCACGACAUUCCUCAACAAGUAUCUCCAAGGGCGACUACGAGCCACUCUACCACAUCAAGAGCAGCGGUGGACUUCUUUGGCGCUGCACCGGACUACAGAGGCCAACCUCCAUCGUGAUGUCCAUAACAAGAAGGGCUCGUGCAACUAUGUGCUGGAGAUUGGGAGGGAUAAGAACAGUGGCCUAUGGGUGGAAGGCAACCACGAGCAGCAUCCAGUACACGGAGGUGGGGAAGAACGAGCGAAGGAGUAUGAGAAGCCAGACGGUGAAGUGCUACAAGGUCGCCUGGUCGAUCUGUCCCAGGGACCAGUGGUGUUCAACCCGAGAACAAAGCAUGCCUUGGUGAAGGACACAGGGGUUAAAUGGAUCCUAUCUGGAUACACUCCAUCGGGAGUGCAAGCGCUUGCACGAGGAGAUGUGGAGGGUCUUCGGCGACUUCAAUUUCCUGUGCAGGGCAUCGGACUCCUAGAGGACAUGUACGAUUGUCCAAGCCAACAUGGGCACUAUGACACGGCUGGGGAAACCACACCCUGGCUGAAGGCCUUUUCUCCACCGCCGCAGUUCGCGACUUCGAGUAGAGCUCAGGUUGCAAGGGACGAGGAGGAGGGUUCUGGUGUCGUGCCGGAAGAUGUGAUGCAUGUGGGCGACUGGGAGAUCUAUGUUCCGGAGAGUGGAGAAGAAGAAGAAGUGGACCGAACUGAUGAUGAAAUCGUUCUUCGGCAAGUUUGCAGUGGGGAGAACCCAGGCAAUUUCGCGGAUUACCUUCGGGCAACAUAUGAGGGAAUCAUUGGCCAGGAGAUCUUGGAUUCGGACCUUCAAGAUGAUAUGGGGAUGAUGGUGGAGGAGUGGUGUCGCGAAGAAGAAGUACUACCACGAGUCGCCAAGCUGGAGCCCGAGUACACCAAGGGGAUUGAGGAGUUGAUCGCCUCCCUGGAGGAACCUCUUCGACACACUCACAAUGUGGAUCCAGCAGAAGUCCGGAAAUCUCCCACUAACUGGCUGCCCUCAAUUCGGAAGGAGUUGGGUGUGGUGGAAAAGGGAUUCAAGAGAAUUUCUUCAGAGGAGGUGAAGGUCUAUGCCAAGAUGCCCAAUGUUCAAUUUCUCCCUGCGAAGAUGGUGUAUACCCUCAAGCCACCUGGCGGUGAUGGAGAUUCACUGGUGGGCGAGGCACGGUUGUGCAAAAGAAAGGCCAGAAUCGUAUGCUGUGGUAACUUUGCAGAGGACAAUCAAGAGGAUGUCUUUGCCAGUGGUGCAGCAGCAGAAAGCCUUCGUUGCACCCUGACUAACGCUGCAGCAAAGCGAUGGAGCACUGGUGGAUUGGACAUCACAGGUGCCUUCAUGUUGACUCCCACGCCAACCGGUCCGGAGGAAACCAUCUACAUCGUGACGCCCCGGGCGGUGCUGGUUCAGUUGGGCGUCGUGCAACCUGGAGAGAAAUGGCUGCUUACCCAUGGGAUGUACGGUUUAAGGCAGUCGCCACGGUUGUGGGCAGGAUUUCGUGAUCGUACUAUGAAGGAGAUGGUUACCACCCUCGGCGACACUUCGUGGAAGUUUGUGCAGGGGAAGGCUGAGCCGAACAUUUGGUUCAUCUAUGAGGCGGGCAGUUCUAUUUCGGACCCCCAGGGCACGAUCUUGGUGUAUGUGGAUGAUAUUGAUAUGUGCCCCCUUGACCCUUCUCAAUGCCGUGGCAGCUACUUUCAGUACUACCUGGAAGACCUCCGGCCUAGAAACUGUCACGCCCCAGAAGGGGAUCCGGUUCUUGGGAUAGAGAUGCUGUACCCGGAGGCGCUCGAUGAUGAAACCCGAGGAGACGAAGCACAACUACGAAUGGCCCAAGAGGCAUGUGGAGAGCUGCUGUGGAUUAGUCAGAGGAGUCGACCUGACUUGAGCUUUGCGAUUUCGGUUAUGGGCAGCCUAUUGACACGAGCAGCGCCUCGGGCUCUGGCCAUUGCCGACAAAGUCCUCUCCUACCUGCAGCGGACGGAGCAUUUUGCUCUGGAGAUAUCUCCGGCUGGGAAUGAGCUUGCAGCAUGGAGUGAUAGCAGCUUUGCCCCCAGUGGCAACAAAAGCCACUCAGGUAUGGCGAUUACCUGGAAAGGUGUGGUGGUGAGUUGGAGGAGCUCCAAACAACCAUUCACGUGCUUGAGCACGGCAGAGUGCGAGCUAGUGGCGGCUGUGGAAACUCUUAAUAUGUGCAAAUCGCUGCAGGCCAUCAUACAGCAGUUCGACCCUACUGCCUCUGAAAACGAGGCACUUGAGGAUAAGGCUUCCUUCAUCCACGAGCAGGUUGAGGCCGGAUGUGUUAAGCUCCGGUACACACCGGGGCAGUAUCAACUUGCCGACCUCUUAACAAAGGGGUUUUCGCGCCAACGUCUGGAAGAAUUGAAUGGUCUGUGGCGGAUCGUUGACGUGACCCUCCAGGCCACGAAGAUUUCCAUGGCGAAGAUGAUGGUUGCGAUGAUGAUGAUACAGGCCGCCCGAGCGGAGACCAUCGCAAAGGAGCCCAUUCAGUUGGAUGGCUCAGUGGAGCUAUACAUCCUUGUGCUGCUGGUGGGUGUGUGCGUGGUGGCUAUGUGGGAGGCAAUGUGGUGGCUUUGGUACAACUGGAGUGGAGAUGAAAGACGGGAUCGGAAGGUCCGUCGACUUCGUCGUCGACAGCUGGCUGUGGAACAGGAGCUGACCAACCAGGUUACAGACUUGGUCCGACCGGCAGCUCCACAGGUGGGGUGUCAGACUACUACACCGGAGCGGAAGUCGAUAGGUGUGCAAGCCUCGCCAGCCUUCCAGUAUAUGCGACCUCCAGAGGUCAAGGCCGGCAAGUGUUUCCUUCUGGUACAGCUUAGUAUCAGGGUGACUGCAGUGAUCUGGAGGAUCAACUACAGUCAAGGAGGAGUGUUGAAAGGGGUGAAAGCACCCAUCGCUGAGGUGGAACCAGUCCGCCGUCUUCGAAGGCCACUGUGGCCCAAGGCGCAGAGCUAG